AUGGGCCAAAAGAUGGUGGUGUAUGUACCACACAUGGUGGUAACUGUUCUAGAACAAAAGGGGGGUCAUUGGCUGUCCCCCAGCAGAAUGCUGAAAUAUCAAGUUGUCUUACUGGAGCAAGAUGAUGUGGAAUUAAAAACCACAACCAUCGUAAAUCCAGCAAUGUUUCUGUCGACGGAGAAUCCGACAGAAAAUCUAGAACAUGACUGCCUGCUAACUGUUGAACAAGUCUAUUCCAGCAGACCGGACCUGAGGGAUGAGCCUCUGGAGAACCCUGAUCUGGACUUGUUCACGGAUGGGAGCAGCUUUGUGAAAGAAGGAAGACGAACGGCCGGAUAUGCUGUUGUCACCACCACCGAGGCACUGGAGUCAGGAACGCUGCCUGCAAAUCCCUCGGCACAGAAAGCAGAACUGGUGGUGUUGAGGCAAGCCUUGCGAAUGGCAGAAGGAAAAAGGGUAAAUAUAUGGACUGACUCUAAAUAUGCAUUUGGUGUGAUUCACGCUCAUGGAGCCAUCUGGAAAGAAAGAGGACUGCUCUCAGCCCAAGGUUCAUCGAUAAAACACAAAGAAGAAAUCCUUCAGCUCCUCGAAGAGGCGCAGAAACCAAAGGAAGUGGCACUGAUGCACUGCAAGGCUCAUCAAUUUGGUCAGACAGCUGUAAACACAGGUAAUCGAUUGGCAGACAAAACAGCAAAGGAGGCUGCGGAAAAAG